UUUCAAAGGGUCCCUCUUCUCUCUCAUAUAUUUUUAGUUUAUUAGUUUAUUUUCUCUGAAGCCGUGAAUUGUAAAGGAGAGGAAUUGAAAGAUAGUGAAAAAUCUGAAGCCAUGAAUGUAGAGGAGGAAGUUGAGCGACUCAAGGAGGAAAUUAUAAGGCUCGGCAAGCUCCAAGGUGAUGGUUCUUACAAGGUAACAUUUGGGGUAUUGUUCAACGAUGACAGAUGUGCUAACAUAUUCGAAGCGUUGGUCGGGACGCUAAGAGCAGCAAAGAAGAGAAAAAUAGUGACUUAUGAUGGUGAAUUGUUGUUGCAAGGAGUUCAUGAUAAUGUUGAGAUCGUUCUCAAAGCCAUUCCAACAACAGAAGUUGCAACCACUGCAGCUGUGAAGGCAGCCUGAGUAAUGAAAGUGAUGAUCCUUAUGUAAUAUGAAAAAACAGUGUAUGCAUCUUGAAUUUCUAUGUUCUAUAAUGAAUAUUGAGUAUCACAAUUUUCAUUUAAUAACAUGUUUCUCAAAUUUCUCGUGUUCUA